GAAGUCCUGUAGCCGCUAAGCUAGCUAGGCUAAUUACCGGCUAACGUAGCGCUAAGCUAGCUAGGCUAAAUACCGGCUAACUUACCGCUAAGCUAGCUAGCUAGAUGCUAAGCGCUAACGAACCUAGCUAGCCGCUAAGCGCUAAGUUAGCCGGUUAGCUCAGGAGGAUGCUAACGAGCAACUGACGUACUACACCUGGCGGCUGCAUGCGGGUUCCGUCUCCAGCUGUUUCCGGCUGACGGCUGAUCCACCGUCCACACAGAGCGUCAACGUAUGCGCCCACUGUGUGUUUCUUUUGUUCCGGUUAAACAAGUUAGCUCUGUGCCUUGCUAGGUGUUCGGCCUCGGGGGAGCAGUAACAGUUUGUCGGGGAUUGGAGUUGAAGCACUUUCUAGAGAAAUGCACCGACUUUUGCAAAACUCCCGUCCACUUGUUAACUGACGAUUCUUUUAUUAGUUCGUGCUUCAGGCCAUGAAGCGGGUUCGCACCGAGCAGAUCCAGUACGCCGUCGCUCAGUACCUGAAGCGGAGGCAAUAUGUGGACACCGACGGCUCCCUGAAAGGGGCCAAACUCUCCCAGUCGCCCGAGGAGAUGGCUGCCAGCCUCACAGUGCAGGCGGAGUCGGGCUGUGUCAACGUCGUCUCUGCGGCUCCCUGUCAGUCCGACACUCAACAGUACGAGACUCAGUUUUCCAGGCUGCGUUCCUUUCUCUCAGAAACGGAAAUUCCCUGGGCGAAGGAGGUGAGCUGCCUCCUCUACCCGCUCUUCGUCUACCUCCACCUGGACAUGGUGCGCAGUGGCCUGAAGGGGGCGGUAGACGGUUUCUACAGCCGCUUCCACGGCGCCUUUCUUCAGGACGGGGAGCAGCGUGCCACCGUAGAGCAGCUCCGCCACGUUCUCACCGCUCAGGACGUCGUGGCCAACCCCAAGCUGAGCGCCUUCCUGGAGCACAAGUACGUGGUUCACCUGACGGAGCCGGCUUACGCCUACCUGCUGCGCUACCUGCAGAGCGAGGACAACGGGGCCCUCUGCAGGGCCCUCGGGACACACCUGCAGGUGGAAGUCGCCGCCUCCAGGCGAACAGACUACCAGCUGUACGGUGCGGCCAGCGGGGCAACCGCCGCCCCAAACUCUGCCUCCUCCUGGGCAGGAGUUGACGGGGUGGAGGGCGGGGACGGUGUCGAGGUCCCCGGCGGGAUCCCGCAGAACGAGGCGGCUCUGGAGGCCCUGCAGGACUGCAUCAAGAAGGUCCGUGAGGGCCCACCUUCACUCACCACGGUGUGCUUCUACGCCUUCCACCACACGGAGCAGAUGCUGAACACCGCCGAGGUGUCGGCCGACAGCCGGCUUCUGGCCGCCGGCUUCGACAGCUCCACGGUGAAGCUGUGGAGCCUCCGAGCCCGGAAGCUGAAGGCUGGACCGCACCAGGCCGACGUGUCGCGCAUCCACCUGGCCUGCGACGUCCUGGAGGAGGAGGUGGAGGAAGAGGAUGUCUCCGGCAGCGAGACGAAGACGCUGCGAGGUCACAGCGGUCCCGUGUUCCGCACCUGCUUCCUGACGGACAGCUCCGGCCUGCUGUCCUGCUCCGAGGACACGACCGUCCGCUACUGGGACCUGGGCAGCUUCACCAACACGGCACUCUACCGCGGCCACGCCUACCCAGUGUGGGACGUGGACGUCAGCCCCUGCAGCCUCUACUUCGCCAGCGGCUCGCACGACCGCACCGCCCGCCUCUGGACGUUCUCCCGCACCUACUCGCUGCGGCUCUACGCCGGCCACCUCGCCGACGUCGACUGCGUCAAGUUCCACCCCAACUCCAACUACCUAGCCACCGGCUCCACGGACAAGACAGUCCGGCUGUGGAGCACCCAGCAGGGGGCGUCCGUCCGCCUCUUCACCGGCCACCGCGGCUCGGUGCUGUCGCUCGCCUUCUCGCCGAACGGGAAGUACCUGGCGUCCGCUGGCGAGGACCAGCGGGUGAAGCUGUGGGACUUGGCGUCGGGGGCGUUGUUCAAAGACUUGCGCGGACACACGGACAGCGUCACCAGCCUGUCCUUUAGCCCCGACAGCAGCCUGGUGGCGUCGUCCGCCAUGGACAACUCGGUGCGCGUGUGGGACAUCCGCAACUCACACGGCGGGACGCCGGCGGACGGCUCGUCCGGCGAACUGGUGGGACUGUAUACCGGGAACACUAGCAACGUCCUGAAGGUCCAGUUCAUGGCCUGCAACUUGCUGCUGGUGACAGGAAGUGCUCAGGAGAAGGCGGAGCAGUGACGAACGUCUGUUUUUUUGUUUGUCUCUAAUAUGACAGGUCAGGAGUCACAUUUUUUUAUUUUUGCUCAUUAGUUUGCAGCAAAAAGAAGAAAAGUAAAAUAAGUUUUGUAAACCUCCGUCUUCACGAACUGGUUCAGAUUUUCAUUUGGAGGUAAAUUAUGUUUUCACGUUGAGAAAAGAUUCAACUUCACUCGACAUCAGUAUUAAAGAGUUCCUCAGUU